ACGUACCAUUUCCAAGAUCCAAAUAUUUGACAUCAUGGCUGAAAAAGACACCAAGAUCCCCGUCCCCAUUGAGGAUUCAAAGGACACGACGGAUAUACCUAUCCAGAUAUGGAAAUAUCAGACCGGAGAAAUCGACAGUGCCUAUGAUGCUGUGUUCGGCAAAGUCAACGAAAAUGGGCCUAAUUAUCGCAGUGUUGGAUGGUGGGGCACAGUUGCUUUAAUGCUGAAGACCCAGAUUGGCCUGGGUGUUCUCUCCAUCCCGGCCACUUUUGACGUGCUGGGAUUGGUGCCAGGAAUUAUCUUACUUUGCAUCGCGGCAGGAAUCGCAACAUGGACUAGCUACAUGGUUGGUGUCUUCAAGCUGAAUCAUCGCGAAGUAUAUGGCAUGAAUGAUGCAGGGGGGUUGAUGUUUGGCAAAGUUGGGCGGGAAUUAUUUGGACUCGCGUUCUGCCUUUGUAAUACGAAAGAUUGGAUCUUCGUUGCCGGGUCCGGUAUUUUAGGUAUAUCGAUCAGCCUGAAUGCUGUCUCGGGCCACGGCACCUGUACUGCUGCUUUUGCUGUUGUUGCUGCUACCAUUGGAUUUCUAUUUGCUAGCAUUCAAACUCUGAGUCGAAUUAGUUGGAUAGCGUGGUUCUUACUCUCUGCACCACACGGCUGGACUUCAGAUUUUAAAAUCGUUCAAAGACCAUCGUUUGCAGAUGGCGUUUCCGCUGUGUCUACUCUAAUUUUUGCCUGCACUGCUACACCCGCAUAUUUCUCUAUUGCAGCUGAGAUGCGGGACCUUCGAUACUUUAAUCGUGCAGUGUUUUUGAGCCAACUCUGCUCCACCGUUUUGUAUGUGACCGUCGGCGCCACUGUUUACUACUACUGCGGGACCAUGGUGGCCUCACCUGCUCUAGGGUCUGCUGGUCCUUUGAUCAAGAGUGUCUCCUAUGGCAUUGCCUUGCCUGGCCUGAUUGCGUCAACCACUAUUCUGAUUCAUAUACCAAGCAAAUACCUUUUUGUCCGUAUCCUUCGAGGGUCACAACACUUGACGUCAAACACAUUCAUCCACUGGAGUACUUGGAUUGGCUGCACAUUCGGGUGUACCAUUAUUGCAUACGUUAUUGCAAGUGGCAUUCCAGUUUUCAAUAACCUCCUUUCCCUCAUCGGCGCCCUGUUAGGGGCAAUUUUAGCCUACCAAGCUGCUGGCUGUAUGUGGUUCUACGACAACUGGAGUGAUAUUCAUACUACAAAGAGAACCUGGAGGUGGAUCGCCCUUGCCUUUUGGAGCGGUUUCCUAAUUGUGGUUGGGACAUUCAUAACUAUCGCUGGCACAUAUGGGUCGGUUGUUAACAUUGUCGACUCCCUUCAAAAAGAAGGCAGCUCCAGGUCCUGGACUUGUGUUGACAAUUCCAACUCGUAG